AUGCUCUGCCUCCCUAAUUCGCUUAAGCUUUUUUCAUCUCUCUUCUUUCUUCUAUCUUCUUCUCUCUGUUCUCUUUCUUGCGUCCUAAGAAUCUUAGGAAAAAAGAUAGAGAUGAAGAUACGUUACGUUCAUCUAAACCUACUUAUCCUCCUAUUACCUCUAAUCAAUCUUCUGUUUCCGACAUUAUCUCUGGCUCAAGACUACGGAGACGAUGCCCCGAAAAAGGACACUCCUCCACCAGGUCUGAUCCAUUGCAACGGAGUUUACAUGUCUUACAACUCCGGCGACCGCGAAAAGUUAUAUCCUCGGACCAACAACGUGACGGCUCAAGCCUGGUCGUUCAAAGCAACGGCCAUGAUCGUGAACACGGGGAUCGAAGAGGUCAAAGGUUGGCAAAUGUUCAUAGGGUUUCACCACAGAGAGAUCAUCGUUUCCGCAACGGGAGCUGUUUCAACGGACGGUGAGUUUCCUUACGACGCAAGCAACGGGACAACGUUCAUUGGUUCUCCGAAUACGGAUCUAAAGACCUCGAUCGAAACAGCUGGUGAUUACGAUAAGAUCUCAACCAAUAUCGAGAUAACCGGAACGCUUUUCGGCGGUAGAGGUACGGCUACGCCAUUGCCUAAAACGAUCAAGCUCACAAACGAUGGAUGGGAAUGCCCUGCUCCUACUUCUAAAGGCGGUACGAUGGAAGUUUGCUGCAAGAGGAACCCAAAGUUCAAAGCUAAAGAUAAAGCGAAAACCAAGUUCAUGCCUAGAAAAAAAGGCGACCUGAAUAUAGUUUAUGAUGUUCUUCAAGCCUACACAAGCAACUACUUGGCGCAGGUAACUAUAGACAACAAUAGUCCAUUGGGACGGUUAGACCACUGGAACUUGACAUGGGAGUGGAUGCGAGGAGAGUUCAUCUACACGAUGCGUGGAGCCUACGCUGCCGAGGAGAAACCUUCAGAAUGCUUACACAGCAAGGCGGGACAGUUCUACACGGAUCUUGAUUUCUCUCAGGUCGCUACUUGCCAGAAGAAACCGAUUCUCAAAGAUUUACCAGCUGAGCGUAAAGAAGAUAAUAUCACCGGGAAAUUGCCUUUCUGCUGCAAGAAUGGCACUCUCUUGCCCACUAUCAUGGAUCCCUCUAAGUCCAGAGCCAUUUUCCAGUUACAGGUGUACAAGGUGCCACCUGAUCAGAACAGAACAGCUUUCUUUCCUCCACAGAACUGGAAAAUCGACGGUAUAGUGAAUCCGCAAUACAAAUGUGGACCACCUAUACGAGUAGAUGCGACUUCUUUCCCUGACCCGAGCGGUCUCCAAGCAACCACCUACGCAGUAGCCAGCUGGCAAGUCGUGUGCAACAUAACCAAGCCUAAACCAAAAGCUGCUCGUUGCUGCGUCUCUUACUCUGCUUUCUACAACGACUCAGCCAUUCCAUGCAACACUUGUGCUUGCGGUUGUGGAGACAUCGAUACCGACACUUGCAACGCCAAUGCUCGACCGCUUCUCCUCCCUCCCGACACGCUCUUGGUACCGUUUGAUAACAGGACUCUCAAGGCAAGAGUGUGGGCAAAGAGGAAACACAUGGCUGUUCCAAAGAAGCUUCCUUGUCCUGACAACUGUGGAAUUAGCUUGAACUGGCAUGUUAACUCGGAUUACACUGAUGGAUGGUCUGCGAGGGUAACGUUGUUUAACUGGGGAAACAAUGCAGUGGAGGAUUGGUUUGCGGCUGUGGAUUUGGGCAAAGCUGGUUUAGGGUAUGAGAAUGUUUACUCCUUUAAUGGGACAAGACUUCCACCUAAGAACCAGACCAUUUUCUUCCAAGGACUUCGUGGUAUGAACUACUUGAUCGGUCUCACAAAUGGGUCGAACCCUGCUAAAGACCCGCAAGUUCCAGGGAAAAUGCAGUCGGUUAUAUCGUUUAAGAAGCGGAAUUUGGGGAGUUUGAAUAUCCCUGGAGGAGAUGGAUUCCCUAAGAGAGUUUUCUUCAAUGGAGAAGAAUGUGAGCUUCCUAAGUAUUUCCCUAAAAAGAGUUAUGGGGAGAGAUUAUCCGGUAUCCGAUUCUUUCCCUCGAUUCUCCUCGUGAUCACAACGUUUCUUGCGAUCACGGAUCGGUUUUAA